GUGCAGAUCUUCUCGCAGGCGACUGGGCGCACAGAAGCUCGCAAGAACAGAGGCACAUCUGCCCCUCUAGCAUGACGGGGGCCAGAGGCGUGGCGCUGUCGAGCUGCGCGCGGCUGGGGAGAGGAGCUGCGGUGACAGGGACAGCCACGGCGACGGCCACGGCGACAGUCACGCGGCAGGCGGCGACGCUGUCGACGACGGCGCCUCUGAUGGGCCAGGCGCGCGCAAGGCCCUCGCGCUUCUCGCACUUCUUCUUUGGCCGCCAGGGCCAUGCGCCCCGCCCGGACAGCCUCGCCGGGGACGGGGCGGGGAUGCAGCAGGAAGCAGAGGCCGAGCGAUGGACUGCAAACGAGGCAGCAGCAGCAGCGCCCGCCCCUGCCGUCCUGGCGUUCCAGCGCGCCGUCGAUGCCGGCGACGUCGCGGCUGUCCAUCGCACCUAUCCGCCACUCCGGGCGCACCUCGAGUCGGCGGCGCCGCGCAGCGCUCCCGAGCACAUCAGGCACGACAUCCGCACCGCCGUGCGCAUGCUCCUCUCGACGAAGCGCGCAGGCAAGCGACGGGCCAGCACCGCCGCCGCCGACGACUACCACGGCGACGGCGACGGGGACAGGGACCACCUGGACGAGGGCGCGGCCGAGGAUGCGCGGCUGGCACUGCGCAUGUUCGAGGACAUGCCCCGUCUGCUCGGCCACACCUACGGCCCGCUCGACUGCCACUACGCCGUGCGGGCGCUGGCGGCGCAGGUGCCGCGGCUGUCCCGGCACCCGUCGCCUCUCUCGUCGCCGUCGUCUUCUUCCUCGUCACCUUCUUCCACGUCGCCUUCUUCCACGUCACCUUCUUCCUCGUCGCCUUCUUCCUCGUCGCCUUCUUCCUCGUCGCCUUCUUCUUCGUCGCCUUCGUGGCCAUCGCCGUCAGAAGGGCCUCCAAGAGCAACAAGUGAUGGCGCCGUGGCGCCGCGCGAGGUGCUGCACUACCUCGUCGAGCUCCGGCGCCGCUUUCCUGUCUUCCAGACCCGGUCUGCCGACUGGGCCCUCGUGCUCGAUGCCUUUCGCAGGCGCCGGGAUGCGUGGGGCGCGCGUCUGGCGUGGCGCAUGCAGCGCAGGACCGCCACCCCGCCCGAGGCCCUGGCCCGCGACCUGUACAUGGCUGUCCUCCUCGGUGCGGGCCAGGUGCGCCGCGCGCUGCGCCUCGCCGACGAGACGGCCUUCCUGGCCCAGCUCGCAGCGCAGCGCACCGACAGCCUCGCCUUCUUUCUCAACGGCAUCGCCCGCAUCCCCGGCGGCGCACACCGUCCCGAGGCAGCGCGUGUCGCCGACGAGGCCCAUCGCAGGCUCCUCAUCGACAGCGACGGCGGUGACAUCCACGCCGAGGCAAGCAUCCCGGCGCAGCGCAGCCUGUGGCACGCCCUCCUCAUCUACAAGUCACUGGCCGACGGCGCCGAUGCGGCCCUCGAGCUGGCACAGAGGGCCAUCGCCAACGGCAAGCUCCGUCCCACGGCCGAGACGUAUGCGCUCCUGCUCCAGGCGCCCGGCCUGCUCGCCUCCGUCGAGACUGACGACGACGCCGCCGCCGUGCUGAGCCGGCUCUCGUCGCUCCUGGGCGUGGCGGCAGACAAGCGCGCGUACGCCAUUGCCAUGCGCGCGCUCCUCGGCCAGUCGCCCUCGCUUUUGAACCACAGCUCGUCAUCGUCGUCGUCGUCGUCGUCGUCGUCGUCGUCGUCAUCGCCGCCGCUGCAGCCAAGCCCACCCACGCCCGGCCAGAUCCGCGAGGCCGACGACCUCUACCAGCGCGCCCUCCGCGCCAUCGACGGCCCGCCCGACAACGCCCUCGUCCACCCGCUCCUGCUCGCCUACACAUCCAGCUACCUGCCCUCGCUGUCCCGCGCCCUCCAGCUCUACGACGCCGUGCCGGACCCAGACCUGGGCCUGUACAAUGCCCUGCUGUCGGCCUGCGCACAGGCGCGCGACAUGGCCAGCGCAAAGGCUCUCCUCGCCCGCGGUGGCCGGCGCCAGCGGCCGUUUGAGCGCCUCGACGCCAAGAGCCGCCUCGCCCAGCUCAUCCUCCUCCUCAAGGCCAGCCAGUCGUACGACGAGGCCUUUGAUGUGUACGAGGCUGCGCUGCGUGCCGUCGUGCCCCGGGAGCAGCACCAUGACAUGGACGAGGGUGGUAGGAGCAUCAGCAGCAGCAGCGACGCAUUCGGGGGCCCCGCGGGAUGGCUCGUCAUCCUCGACACCUUUUCCAAGCUCCGCCUGGCCUCGGCCCGCAAGCCGCCGGCCGAGAUGGUCAUGUCCAUCGUCGACGACAUGCGCCACUCGGGCGUCGAGCUGGGCGCAAAGGCCUACACGACGCUCCUCGACUACUUUGCCAAGGCCGCCACGUCGCUCCUCCAGCGUGGCACCGUUCCCCAUGGUGAGCCAGCCUCCUCCUCCGACGAGCAGCAGCAGCUGCACGACGAGCUCGAGUCGCUGCGCCGCUCCAUUAUCGCCAUCCACGCCAUCCUCCAGCGCUCGACGUGGAUCCAGCCCGACAUGCCGCUCCUCACGGCCCUGAUGGACGCAUACAACCGCGUCGGCCUCUUUGACCGCGGCCUCGACAUCUGGAACCGCCUCGUGCUGGCGCACGCUGCCAUUGGCCAGAGCACCCUCGCUGUGCUGAUGGACCUGUGCGGCCGCGCCGCCGCCGGCGCGCGCAACAGCGCCGGCCGCUUUCGCUACGAGGGCACCGGCCGGCGUGCCUGGAAGAGCGGUCGGGCCAUGCUGGCAGACGGCGCGGCGCCCAACAAGAGCGCCUGGGACGCCUACGUCGAGUUCCUCUGCCGCGUCGGCCGCCUCGACGAGGCAACCGACGUCGUGCUGGGCGACAUGGCCCACGCGGGCGCCAGGCCCGACGCCAAGACGAUCGGCAUGCUCCUCCGCUUUGGCGCAGAGGCCAAGACGCAGAGGCGGCACGACGCAGCCGCACGGCUCGCAGCGACAAACGAGCAAGGGCCCUGGCACCGCACGCGCGACAUCGUCAGGAGAAGGUGCCACACGGGCUCAGACGAGGACAGGCUCUGGUGGAGCCAGAUCUGGGAGAGUGUCAAGCGCAUUGGCGAGUAAGUCUAUGUGAAUGGUAAUUUCUCUUGGUCUGUCAAUCUGCUUGCAUGUACAGGAGGGGGGUGCUUGUGAUGAGAGGGCCUUUUUGGGAGGGGAGACU